CCCCAACGCAGCCGCAUCGGCAUCAACCUCCAUACCGCCGUCUCCGAAUUCCCCAAUUCCAGAGGAGGCGAACCAGCCCUUGAUCGGAUCCCGACUCCGACUGCUGGGUGGAACAAUGGUAACGCAGUCGGAGCCAGCAUCAACCCGUCGUCCUCCACCGCCCUCAACCAUGGAUUUAUUCUCCACCUCCUCCUGCGUCCGCCGCCGAUUUUCUUGAACCCCUCGCCGGCUUGUCUGACGCUUCCGACGACGACAUGGAUAGUGCGGAAGAUCGACCCUCCUUGGUUGUGGAGGAGAAGGACAAGCAGCCUGUUCCCUUUAGCGACGCUCCGUCUCCAGUGCGCGCUGUGCUCAACCGUCCGUGGCCAUCCGCCGUCGUCAUCCGGCCGGAGGAUAAUCCGUCCGGAAAGUACCGCACUCUGGUGGCCACCGCCAAGGACAUUGGGGACCCGAUCUCGCCGGAGGAGAUAGCCGCGCUGGAGGACAAGGAGGGCGACGACGCAGGCACACGGUUCUACAAGGCAGCUGCUCGGGCCAACGUCGUUAUGAGGAAUUACAUCCAUGAACACGGCAGCCUUUACAUGGAUGAGAACGGCAAGUACAUGAUGGACAACUCCACCCAAGUUGAGGAAAUACGUUGCAAGCAUGUUACAGCAGAAGAAAUGGAAGCGAAGAUAAUGAAGCAAGAGAUGACUAAGGAGCAAACUUAUUUAUCAGAACUGGCUUUAGCGAGUUUCAACAAGAGGAGAAAGGUGAAGUUUGAGUUGUGUGAGACAUUGCUUUCUAGGCUCUUUUACGAGAGCAGCCAUAUUUUUACGCACCUAAAUUUCGUCGCCAAGCGCAAGGAUAAGAAGAAACUCUUUUUCGCCGAGAUAGAGGACUGUGGUUAUUAUUACUACUGUGAUGAUCCUAGACGUGGCUGUAGGAAAGGAUUUGACUUCACACGUUGCUACGGCUGCAGCGAGUUCCUGAAACAUCCGGUUGAUGGCUCCACGUACUCAGGAGGCCAUGACCAUCGGAGGAGGAACUAUAUAGUUUAG